GUAACUCAUUGGACACCACCAUGUCUGUCCUAUACCCAUCGCUAGAAGACCUGAAGGUAGACAAAUUCUAUCAGGCUGAGGAAACUGAGGUCUAAAGAAAGGACGUGAUUUUCCUACACUCACAUAGGAAAUACGCAGCAGAGUUGGAAUGGAGAUCCAGGUCUUACGGUUCUGAGGCUCAGGCUUCUGUGAUUCCCAAGAUGCUGGCCCUCCCAGCCCAGGAAACCUCAUCCUCACAACCCACUCUGUACCCAAAUUUGGCUGAAUUAGAAAGUUACAUGGGUCUCUCUCUCUCAAGUCAAGAAGUCCAAGACAACCUGUCCCUGACUCCAGAAAGCGACAAUCAAGUGGCCACUCCCACUGUACAAGGUCAGAUGGUAGCCCCAGUGACUGGAAAUAACUUGGGCAUCCGAAGAGCUGAGAUCAAGCCAGGCGUACGAGAGAUCCACCUGUGCAAGAAUGAGAAGGGGAAGAUGGGGCUGCGUCUGCAAGCCAUUGACAAGGGCCUGUUUGUCCAAUUGGUUCAGGCCAAUACUCCGGCCUCCCUCGUAGGCCUGCGCUUUGGGGACCAGAUUCUGCAAAUUAAUGGGAAAGACUGUGCGGGGUGGAGCUCGGAAAAGGCCCAUAAAGUGGUGAAGAAAGCCUCAGCUGAGAAGAUCGUCAUGAUCGUGAGGGACAGGCCUUUCCAGCGGACUGUCACCCUGAACAAAGACAGCAACGGCUUUGUGGGCUUUGUGUUGAGGAAGGGGAAAAUCAUUUCUAUUGUCAAAGGCAGUUCUGCAGCUCGAAAUGGGCUCCUCACCAAUCAUUAUAUCUGUGAAGUGAAUGGGCAGAAUGUCAUUGGACUGAAGCCUCUCAAGGUAUUCAGGGUGCCCUACCCACAGCCCUGGGAGGGCAAAGAGAUUAUGGAUAUCCUGGCCACAGCUGGAAAUGUAAUCACCCUCACCAUCAUCCCCACAGUGAUUUAUGAGCACAUGAUUAAAAAGCUUUCUCCGACCCUGCUGCAUACUUCCAUGGAUCAUUCUAUUCCUGAUAUCUGAAGCCAAGGACCUGGGAAGCCUGCAGCUCCAGGCCCUCCUUCCUGUCCUUCCACAGGGGGACCCUCUGACAUUUCCAAGGAUGGGAUGGGAGCACAGUUCACAUUCCUCUAGGGGCCCCCUCAACCCUUUCAGGGGGCCAUUUCUGCCAUUUCAGGGGAGGGGGUGGGAAUGAGCAGCAUUCCAUACUGAUUUCUUUUUCUUCUAGCUGGCUGAGAGGAGAUCUUUAAUCCCACUGCAGGUUGGGAAAACAGGAUCCUGGAAGGACCUAUGCAUGCCAAGGGGUUAGGGAAGAAAAUAGAACCUGGAGCAAACCCACAGUAAAAUCUUCAUGUCUAUAUGCCUGAAAGAAUGAAUUCUGGCAAAUACUAACACUCAUAUAGUCUCCUUAGGCUUCAGGCAUCAAGCAGAGAAGAAAUGAGUAUGGACAUAAACCCAUUUCACAUUUCUUUGCAAAAAACCUGGUGAAGUAGUAUUGCAGGAGGGCUUAGGAUCAAAGCAGAGGGAGUGCUAAAAUGGGUCUCAGAGGCCAUCUGCUCCCAGCCCUCAUUACUUAGCACCAAAUUUAUAAAUACUGUGACACAAUCAGGCAAAUUAGAGCUUAAGGGAGUUAAUGCCACAGGGUACUCAAUUCUGCUGCCCCGCCCUCACCCCCCCUUUACUCCUCACUUCAGGAUUUUGUGGCAGCUGAUUUUAAUAGGACCUAGGGAGAAAUAGCUGGUUGUCAUUAUUAAAAUUGCUCUCAGGUCAGUUUGAAGAGUUGACCCUCAAAAGGGAAUGAAUCGGACAGAGCUCAGUUUUCUCUCUUAGCUCUUUGCCAUCUUUGCAAUAGAACUUAAAAAAAAUUUAAGUAAAGUGAGCCCCAUAAUGAUGAACAAUUGAUCAAUCAAUCAAUCAAUCAACAUUUAUUAAGCACCUGCUAGGUUUAUUGAUUGAUUGAAAAUGAUUUGGAAAUAAAGCGUACCCCAUUAUGAUGAGCAAAGAGAAUAUUAAGUAGAUUCCAACAUGAUUGAUAAAAACAACACUUUAAAAAAAGCAGCCAAAUUUGGAACUUCAAUGAUGAAUCUUGCUUCCAGAGAACAGAUGAUGAGACAGUUGUUCUGAGGGGCUCCUGGUGGGUGAGGGUUUUCCAAUAUCAGCCUAGACCCACUAUCUUGCUCUGCAGCUUUCUCAUACUCCAUCCCCUUAGCUUUCCAUCUCCAGCUCCGGGAACAAUCCCAGAAAGGACGAGUCAGUCUUUCUCUAUGGCUCCAUUCUUCAUCCCUGUGACUUCCCAGACCAAGAGCCCUCCGUAGCCACGUCCCCAAAUGUCUUCUUUCCCCAUUAGAAUAUAAGGGACUGCCAUGCUUUUUAAAUUUGAGUCCUUAUUUCUUAGCACAGUAUCUGGUAAGUGUUGAAUAAAUGAUUAUUCAUGCAUUAA